AUGUACAACAAAUCAAUUUUGGUGCUUAUAUUUUUCAUAAAUUGUGCGAUUUGCUAUAAAUUAAAAGCAAUUUCGUCGAAACGUUGGAUUAAACCGCAUUCACCAUAUUACGAUGCACCACGGAAUAGGCUUUUAUUUAUUGAUUUAACCAACGGAACAAUUAUCAACUAUGACUUAGAAUCGCAAGCGAUUUAUGAACGACAAAAUUCGAAUGGAAUGGAGUUGAUCAUACUUCAAGACGCAUUGUUUGAAGUGGAUUCAUCGCCCGCCCUUAAAAAAAAUAACUUACUCGUUGGCAAAGCAUCGCCGCAGUGUAAAUUUUAUGGUGGAACAUAUCGUACGGGAAUGUGCGGUGAUACGUCGCCGACAUUUGGGUUACUUUAUCGCUAUGACAAAUGCAAAGGUGUCAAGCAGCUAAUUUCCGAUCUUAAAGUUUCGGGAGGCUUUGAUUGGAGUCCCAAUGGCGAUACAUGUAAUAAGCAGAUUUCAGCAUAUGACUAUGAUGGAAAAACUGGCAAAGUUUGCAAAGAACGUGUAGUGUUUUCUUAUCCAGGAUCAGGAUGUUUUGAUGAUACAAAUAAUCCAUACGCCAAUAGUACUCUUCCACUUGGAAUGACCACGGAUGAUGAAGGAUGUAUUUAUGUUGCUCUGUAUUAUGGCGGCGCUGUAUUGAAAAUUAAUUCAAAGACCGGAAAAGUCGUGAAAGUGAUUCAUUUACCGGCACAAGUUAUCGGUUCAGUCGCUUGGGGUGGCAAAAAUAACGAUAUUUUUAAUGGGAGAAACAGAGAAUAUUACACUUUUAUAAGACAGCGGCAAAGUUUAUAUGGCGUUUGGCCUCAGAGCAAGAGGCUCACCCGGAAGACCAGUUUGUGUUUAAAUUAUUUGUGCAUAUUUUUCAAUAAAAUUCAGCAUUCUAAUAAAAACAUUUCAAAACGAUUAUUGAAAAAAUUACUUCAAUUCGGCUGUGUCAACAUUUUUAGUUGA